AUGUCACAUAUUAUAAUUGAUGAAAGUAUAUUGGCAAGUUUAGAUGAAAUCAUCGCAAACGAGGAGUCGGACGACGAAUUUAUUAGUGAUUUUUUCGUUGGUUUUGAUGAAUCUGAUGAAGAAGAAAUAGCUUCAAAACAAGAUAUUGGAACUGCCCAAGGUGAUGUUCACAAAUACACUGUAUUCCAUCAAAAUGAUGUAGAGUAUAAAACUAUUUCAGAUAAUGAACAAACUGAUACCGAAGAAGAAACUGAAGUUUCAAUUCCACCACUUCAACCAAAAGUAAUUGUAUCUCAAAAAAAUAACAAAGGUCUGUUUACUCCAAAUUUCAAAUGGAAAUCUGGUACACCAUUUCAACCUAAGGUUCACCAGUUUUGUCCAAGUAAAAGUGGUAUUCAAAAAGAGUUUGAAUUGAACAGUAACUCUACUAUUUUAGAUUUUUUUGAAGCUCUCGUAACUCCAUUUUUAUUGGGCAAAGUUGCAUAUGAAACAAAUGAAUACUAUAGGCAAAACACCGAAUCACAUAUUAUGUCAUGUCGCAAUGCAAGUUGGUAUGACACUACAUCAGAGGAAUUAUAUUUAUUUAUUUCAGUACAAAUGCUUAUGGCUAGAAAUAAAAAGCUUGACAUUUCAGAAUAUUGGUCUACAGAUCCACUACUUUAUUCUCCUAUUUUUGGAAAAAUUAUGAGUAGAAAUCGGUUUCAGUUACUUUUGCGUUAUAUUCAUUUUUGUAAUAAUAACAAUCAAGUCACAAAUGACCGCUUAUUCAAAAUUGAUAUGGUAUUACAAGACAUAAAGAAUAAUUUCAGAUCUGCUAUGGUGCCAUUUCAAAAUCUUGUUAUAGAUGAGAGUUUGGUGUUAUGGAAAGGGAGACUUUCAUUCAAGCAAUUCAUAAGAACUAAACGUCAUCGGUUUGGAAUAAAAUUUUUUAUUUUGUGUGAUGUAGAAACAGACUAUAUUUUAGAUUUUAUUAUAUACACUGGAAAAACUACACGUCUUGUUUUAUGUAAUCCUAACUUAGGCCAAUCAGGUGCUGUUGUAAAAACAUUGAUGAAAAAAUAUUUAAAUAAAGGUCAUACUCUAUAUACUGACAACUGGUAUACAUCACCAAUACUAUCAAUGUACUUGCAUAAAAAAAAAACCAAUACUUGUGGUACUGUAAGAUGUAAUCGUCGUGGAAUGCCACCAUUCAAAAAAAUUAAAUUUCAACCCGGUCAAACUGAAAGUAAACAUACUGGAAAAAUGUUGACAAUAAAAUGGAUGGACCGGAGAGAGGUGCAUAUGCUUACCACGAUACAUGGAGAUGAACAAUUGCCUAUUCAAAAACAUGGUAAAAUAACCAUGAAACCGAAAUGUGUAAAAGAAUACAAUGAAAAUAUGGGAUCUGUGGAUAAGACUGAUAUGUUACUUAGUAGUGUGGAGUGUACAGUUACUGGAAAUCAUAUUCCAAUAGCUCAGUUUCAGAUGGAACUAAUAAGGCAGAUAAUAGAAAAAUAUCAAACCGAUCGUCUACCAAAAUCAAGACCACCGACUAAGGACCAACCAUCAAAACUAAUUAAUAGGCAUUUUCCCUCAGAAGUUCCAGCAACACAAUCUGGAAGGCUUGCCAAAAGAAGAUGCCAACUAUGCAAGAAAAAUAAUAAGAGAACUGACACUAGGAUACAUGUGUACAGAAUGUGA